CUCACUCUUCUUCCUUUCACUUUCGCUUUUUCUCUGUUUUCCCCUUGUUUUCUUCCUAUACAACAGCUACAACAACAAAAUGACUGUUCCUGACGAACAAAUGCUCAAGCAGCUUCUGACUACGGUCGAGGCUAUCCGUGCCGACCAGCAGCAUCUUUCGGCCCAGGUCGAUCAAUUGAUGCAUCCGGUCGAAAACAAGCCAUCGUCGCCCACCUCAAGCAGUCCCUCCGUGUCUGCUCCCAGAUCUCCCGCCACGAGCAGCACCAAGCCCGCGACCAGCAGCAAUGGCACUGCUUCAUUGUACCCCCAGCGUGUCAUCCUCACGUCCUACCCCCAUCAGCACGGUAUCCGUCCUGUCAACUUGACCUGGGGUGCUAAAGAUCCCAAGGAGCGUGGCCCUGUGGUUGCUUCCCGUCAUGCCGACAGCAUCAAAAAGAGAAAUGCCAUUGGUGCCUAUGGUGGUUCCUACUGUGUCUAUCGUGCCUUAGCUGUGGCCAUUGGUGACCUUCCAAGCGACCACCGUCCUAACUUUGAAAUGACCGAGCCCGCGUUUAAAAUAGGCCCUCAUCCGUCGUGGUCGGAUCCAACCAAGAUUGUCUCCUUGGACCCCUGGGGCCACUUGGCGCCUCAAAUUUACAAGGAGGAGUUUGACAAUGGUUUGGAUGUCAGACCCACGAUUGCCGUCACCAAGGCCCACAUGACCAUGGCCGAAAUGGAGAAUCUGGUCAAGGAAGGCAAGCUCAAGGUGGAUGGCAAGGUCGUCGUCAAUGACCGUGGUGACUUGGCCGUAAGCAAAGGAGCCGUGGAGCCUGUAUGGUACUUGCCUGGCGUAGCCGAGCGCUUUGGUAUUGACGAGGGCUUACUGCGUCGUGCCUUGUUUGAGGAUACCGGAGGAAUGUAUCCCGAAUUGAUCACUCGUCCGGACCUCAAGGUCUUCUUGCCUCCCAUUGGCGGCAUCUCUGUCUAUAUCUUUGGCAACCCUGCCGACAUCUCAGACCCUGAGAAAAAACUCACACUCCGUGUGCAUGACGAAUGUAACGGCUCCGACGUAUUUGGCAGCGAUAUCUGUACAUGCCGACCCUAUUUGAUUUAUGGCAUUGAGGAAUGCGUCAAGCAGGCACAAGAAGGUGGCGUGGGCGUCAUUGUUUAUUUCCGCAAGGAAGGUCGUGCCUUGGGUGAAGUGACAAAGUACCUGGUAUACAAUGCACGAAAACGACAAACUGGUGGUGAUACUGCCGACCACUACUUUUUGCGAACAGAAUGCAUCGCCGGUGUCAAGGAUAUGCGUUUCCAGGCUUUGAUGCCUGAUGUGCUUCACUGGCUCGGUAUCCAAAAGAUCGAUCGCAUGAUGUCCAUGUCCAACAUGAAGCACGAUGCCAUUGUUGGUGCAGGCAUUCCUAUCAUCGAACGUGUCCCUAUUCCUGAAGAAAUGAUUCCCGAAGACUCGCGGGUUGAAAUUGAUGCCAAGAUUGCCUCCGGAUACUUCACCACUGGCAGCGUCAUGGACGAGAAACAGCUGGCCGAGGUCAAGGGUCGCGACUGGGAGGACAUUGAACACUGAGUGUGUCAACCCUAGUUUCCCUUGUUUGCUUUUUUCCAUCCCACAUCCACACUCUGUAUCUCUUUCUUCUUGUCACAUACACAAUUCUUUUCUCUUUGGGCCUGUUUAUAAUAGCUGAACUUUUCUUUUGCUGCACGAUAAUACACAGUUUCUAUAUAGCAAAACACAGAACUUGUCUUGGUUGUAUUUAUAUAUGUAUUUACAUUUUCUAUUACGUAUUAUUAUUAUUAUUAUUAU